CCCGGAUGUUGGCUGCUCCCGCUGCCGCCGCCGCUCUCGGCGCUGCUCGGGGCCUCGGCCGCUCGCACCAGGCGCCGUUGGGACCUUUCCCGGGAGGCGGAGACGCACGCAGCGGCCGGGGGCUCGGCCGGGCCGUCCCGGCCUGCGCAGCCUGAGAUUCUCUUUGUGGCCAGAUGGGUUUGUAUGGACAGGCUUGUCCAUCUGUAACUUCAUUAAGGAUGACAUCUGAACUGGAGAGCAGCCUAACAUCUAUGGACUGGUUACCACAGCUCACCAUGAGAGCAGCCAUCCAAAAAUCUGAUGCUACACAAAAUGCACAUGGAACAGGAAUUUCCAAGAAGAAUGCGCUCCUUGACCCAAAUACAACACUGGACCAGGAAGAAGUCCAACAGCACAAAGAUGGGAAACCUCCAUACAGUUAUGCCAGCCUCAUUACAUUUGCAAUUAAUAGCUCACCCAAAAAGAAAAUGACUCUAAGUGAGAUUUACCAGUGGAUUUGUGAUAACUUCCCGUAUUAUAGAGAGGCUGGCAGUGGUUGGAAGAAUUCCAUACGACAUAAUCUGUCACUGAACAAGUGUUUCCUUAAAGUGCCUCGAUCAAAGGAUGACCCAGGAAAGGGGUCCUACUGGGCAAUAGACACCAAUCCGAAGGAAGAUGCGCUGCCUACUCGGCCAAAGAAGAGAGCACGAUCUGUAGAACGGGUAACGUUGUACAACACCGAUCAGGAUGGUAGUGAUAGCCCACGCAGUAGCCUUAACAACAGUCUCUCAGACCAGAGUUUGGCAUCUGUUAAUUUGAACAGUGUUGGAAGUGUGCAUAGUUAUACAGCGGUGACAAACCAUCCAGAACCAGUCUCUCAGUCAUUAACUCCUCAACAGCAGCCACAGUACAACCUUCCAGAACGAGACAAACAACUCCUUUUCUCAGAAUAUAAUUUCGAAGAUCUCAGUGCCUCAUUUCGGAGCCUUUAUAAGUCAGUUUUUGAGCAGUCACUUAGUCAACAAGGUUUGAUGACCAUCCCUUCCGAAUCUUCCCAGCAGUCCCACACCUCGUGUUCGUAUCAGCACUCUCCUAGCAGCACAGUGAGCUCUCACCCACAUAGCAACCAAAGCAGCCUGUCCAACAAUCAUGGCGGUGGCCUCAGCACCACGGGCAGUAAUUCGGUUGCACAAGUCUCACUGCCCCACUCCCAAAUGCACACACAGCCGUCUCCACAUCCGUCCCAUCGACCGCAUGGUUUACCACAGCAUCCGCAGCGUCCCCAGCACCCAGCGUCGCACCCGCAGCAACACAGCCAGCUCCAGCCCCCUCACCCCCAGCACCCCUCUCCACAUCAACACAUACAGCAUCAUCCGAACCAUCAGCAUCAGACGUUAACACAUCAGGCACCCCCACCCCCACAACAGGUAUCCUGUAAUUCUGGUGUUUCAAAUGAUUGGUAUGCAACACUUGAUAUGCUAAAAGAAAGUUGUCGAAUUGCCAGCAGUGUUAAUUGGUCAGAUGUAGACCUUUCACAGUUCCAAGGUUUGAUGGAGAGUAUGAGACAGGCAGAUCUCAAGAACUGGUCUUUGGAUCAGGUUCAAUUUGCUGAUCUCUGUUCUUCUCUUAAUCAAUUCUUUACACAAACUGGCCUUAUCCACUCACAGAGUAAUGUUCAGCAAAAUGUCUGUCAUGGUGCCAUGCAUCCAACAAAACCUUCCCAACACAUUGGAACAGGAAAUUUGUACAUAGACUCCAGGCAAAAUCUCCCUCCUUCAGUGAUGCCGCCCCCUGGUUACCCUCAUAUCCCACAGGCACUCAGCAGUCCAGGAACAACAAUUGCAGGCCAUCACGGAGCCAUGAACCAGCAGCACAUGAUGCCUUCCCCAGCCUUCCAGAUGCGGCGCUCUCUGCCUCCAGAUGACAUCCAGGAUGACUUUGAUUGGGAUUCAAUUGUGUAGAGCUUGUUUCUGCAAGGCACCAGACUCCAGCGUCACCUUUCUGUGCAGUGAAGGGAAGGGUUGAAGAGAAUCCAGUUGAGAAAACAAAGUUGCUAAUCACUUUA